UGGUGCUCCCGGUUUUGACAGAAAGGACAAAACCCGCGGAGGGAGCUAUGAAUGGCAAAGCACCAAGGAGGCCGAGGGAGAGCAAAAAGGAGGCGGCGUGUCUUUGUAGUCGGAAAAGGAAUGCGGAAAUGUCCUCGCGCCGUGUCAAACCUCUCUGAAGGGGGUCAGGCCACAUUCAGCCGGCGUGGGAAAGCCAGGCAGAGACGGAGCUCACGCGGCCGAGCGCGGCGGCAGCUCCAUAGGCCCGUCCGCGCGGAUGCAUACGAGGGGGGUAGAGAAGAAAGAAAGCGUAAUAUCGAAAGAGGUGCGUGGCUUUGGAGGAUUAUAUCGCACUUUUUGCCUUUGUCCUAUGACCCCCCCUCUCUAAAAAGAAAAAAAAAAACUUAUUACACACCCCCUUCCCUCCACAUCCACAAGUUAGUUUUGAACAACCCUCCUCCUCCUCCUCCUCCCCCCCGUUUGAGAGGUUCUGCUGGGGCUGGCGCAGUCUGAGAGAUGGGGGGGCUAGAGCCUGCACCGUGAACUACCUGUGUGGCCCCCGCAUGGAAGACAGUGGGCAGGGAUGCGUUUGAUGGAGCAGUUUUUAUCCGAACCUUGAACGCCUCCUCGCCGUUUUAUUCGAGCAUGCCGACGUUACGACAUUUCACUGACAACAUAAAACAAGGCUUGGCGCGUGCCAACUUUUUUCUGUGAAAAUGCCUUUGUGAAAAACUCAGGCUCGUCACCCUCGCCGGGAUUCCCCGCAAUAUUUUCACCAAGAGACGAGGAAAAGAAAAAGAAAAAAAAUCUGCAAAAAUGGACAAAGAAUGUAUUGGUACCCAGUAUGAGCCUGUGGCCGAGAUUGGAGAAGGAGCCUAUGGAAAAGUGUACAAGGCCAGGGAUUUGAAGAACGAGGGACGCUUUGUAGCCCUGAAAAGAGUUCGAGUCCAGACGGAGGAAGAGGGAAUGCCGCUCUCCACCAUCCGCGAGGUGGCGGUACUGAGGCAGCUGGAGGCCUUUGAGCACCCCAAUGUUGUGAGGUUGUUUGAUGUGUGCACAGUGUCUCGUACAGACCGGGAAACCAAACUAACGCUCGUCUUUGAACAUGUGGACCAGGACCUGACCACAUAUCUGGAGAAGGUCCCGGAUCCUGGAGUUCCGCCUGAGACCAUCAAGGAUAUGAUGUACCAGCUGCUCCAGGGACUGGACUUCCUGCACUCGCACCGUGUGGUUCACCGUGACCUGAAGCCCCAAAACAUCCUGGUCACUAGCGGAGGACAGAUCAAACUGGCGGACUUUGGGCUAGCUCGCAUCUACAGCUUCCAGAUGGCUCUGACAUCUGUGGUGGUGACUCUCUGGUACCGAGCCCCAGAGGUGCUGCUCCAGUCCAGUUAUGCUACACCGGUGGACUUGUGGAGUGUUGGCUGCAUCUUCGCAGAGAUGUUCAGGAGAAGGCCGCUAUUUCGAGGAAACUCAGAUGUUGAUCAGCUGGGAAAGAUUUUUGACGUUGUUGGGGUGCCGUCAGCAGAAGACUGGCCCCAGGAAGUCGCCCUCCCUCAGAGUGCCUUCACCCCUCGGCCCCCAAAACCGAUAGAAGACCUGGUUCCAGACAUAGACGAGCAAGGACAAGCUCUAUUGAUGCAAUUUCUUGCGUUCAACCCCUCCAGGAGAAUAUCGGCCUUCACAGCCCUAAGUCACCCCUACUUUCAGAGCCUGGACAGCCACAGCAGAAGCGUGUACGCAGCGCAGCCCAUCCCCAGCAACAACCCCACCAUGGAGGAAAGGACGGCCUGAUCCUCCCCCUUUAGUGGUCCUGUACACUUCCUAUAAGAAGUGUUAUGUAUUCCCUUUUGCUUAGUUGUUCUUUACAACAUCAGUUUGAUACUGAGAAAUAUAAAAGACUUCAAAUUGAAGACACAUCUUUAAAAAAACAAAAAGUUAGUAAGUCUAGAGAGCUUUUACCUUUUGAAAAUACUUAAAGAGGCCCUGAGGUCUCGAAACGUCUUCAUGCUCACCAAAUGUGAUUUUUGAGGCCAGUUCUGACUGCAUCAGUGAUGAAUUGUGUCACAUGGUAAGCCCUCCUCAGACAUGAGAUGGAGAACAGUAAUGCUAAAUCGAUCUGUUUUCCGUCAUUGGUUGUUUUUUUUAAAGUUUAGAUUUGCAUGCCAUUGUGAUGCAAAGAGAGCUGGUUGUGUUAAACAACCUUUCCAUGUUUAAUCUGAUCAUCUAGACUCCUUAGUUCUUGUUAAGGUUAGGACUGUCCUUAAGCAGAGGACAGUCCCUUCACUCUUAGUCAUUUUGGUUGCUCCAGACUCAUUGCUGAAAGCUUGAUGUUUGAUGUUUUAACAAAAGCUGCUGCGAAAAAGCAAAAACUAAGGAAACAGAAGAGGCAAUUACGAACUUUUUAUUUGACUUCAGAAACAAAAUGAUGGAAGGCCAUUUUAUUAGUUCAUUUGAUUCCUCUAAACAGCCGAAAUGCAGAGUAGUAAAAGCAGGAAAUUUGUUAUGGAACAAUAAUUCAAGCAGGUCAAGCCUCCAUUAGUGUCUAAAAGGGGCUAAAUACUCCACUUCCUGCCAGUGCAUAUCCACGAAUGUCUUUUCCUUGAUCCGACAAUCAUCUUUUCCGUAAAGCUCAGCCUAAUUUCCCCAUUCUAUAUUAACAUUGUAUGGAUUUGAUGGACCAAUUCUUCUUAUGGUCAGUGUACAAAGCUUCAGAAAGUGACACUGCAGAGGUGGCGUAAGGGCAGGCCCGCCCUCUUCCCCCCGGAACCGUGCACAACUUUGUCCUAUUGUGAACUGAUGGUUCGCACAUUGCUGCUUUUUUUUUCUUCCAACCUUGUGAAACCGAAAUGGACAAAGAAAGAUCCGGCAAAAAGGGACUCAGGCAGACUGACGUUGGAGGCGCUGUUUGUGACCAGUGUUGAUCCUAAAGACUUGAGGACAGGAGGGCGCAGGUGGACAUCAUGGACCUCUCCUGCCUUUCUGCUCUCUGUGGGAGUGCGUGGUGUGAAUAUGAACAAUACAAGCACACUCACAGACACACAACCGUUGUGUGUGUUUGCUGCCACAGAUAUAAGCAUAUGCUUAUCCACCCAUCAAGUUAUUAUAAUGACUCCAAAGCAAAACAGUUCCUCCAUGUUUCAUUUUCGCCUACUAUGAUGCUGCCACCAUGUGGAUACCCAGAGUAACUGCAGAUCAGCCAGUAGCAGGAUUCUAAUGGCUGCUGUGAUGAAACAGAUUAUCCUGCCACUUACUUUAAGACUUUGAUUUUUUAAUACUUGUAGUAUUUUAUUAUGAGCAUUUACUAGUGUGAAAUCCAGUUAUUUAAAAUCUGAAUUUUACAGCAAUGCUCCAGCUUGCAAUAGGUGGAAACAGCCACCAGCACUAGUCAAUAGAAAAACAUUGGGCGAAAUACGAAUACAAAUAUUCUGUAUUUAAUUUUAAUAAUAUUGACAAGCCUUAUAUGCUUGUUACUUGAUUUUUUUUUUUUUAAUAAUGAUGCCGAGGCAUACAGUAUUCUUACAGCGAGAACACCAGCUCCAUAGAGGAUCAGAGGAGUUUGUGUAUGUAAGGAAUGUAUAGAGGUUAGGCUUUGGUACUGUACAAAGAUACCUGCUAGGGGGACAUGAUAGAUAACUUGAUACAGGCAUUGUCAAAUAUGUUCAAAUAAUUGUAGAGUAGUGAGUGUUUUGCCUUUUUGCAAAUGUUUGGGUGGAUAAAGGAUCUGGAUGCGUAUGGAUUGAGCGAUCGUUUUUUUUCAGCGGGGAGACGCUGCACAGUUAUUGCGAGCGCUUUCUUUGCCUCCUUGUGCCGUCGUGUUUGUAUUAGCAAAGGAAAAAGCAAGUAAUGCAGAGUUGUAUUUUUGGAUGUUGUAGUUCAUGCAAAACAGUAACGAUUUAACACUGGUUUAUGUUUCCUGAGCAGGUAGUGCUGAUUACACAUAUACACACAUACAGAUUCAUUCUCCAACUCUCAGGUUUUAUUUAAUUCUUAUUUUCUGGACGUCCAAACCUCUCGGGCACAGUUUGCACAUUUCUGGGCUACUAAAUGACCACAGUUCAACUUCUUCAGGUUUUUUUUCUUUUAAGCUGUCUCACAACGGUGUUUUUGGAUCACAGGCUACUGUCGUUACUAUUUAUCCAAUAGAUGUUACUGUAGUAUUUACAGUUUGAAAAGAACCAUCUGCAAAGACAUUUUAAUGCUCAACACAAAAAAAACGCGUAACCAUCUGCUCUUCGUAACACUUUGUGAAAUGUUUGAUGACAACAACUCUGGUGUUAGUGCUGCAUAAAACAUAAUGAAAGCUACAAGUACCUUUGAAAUAAUGGUUUGCAGUUGAAAUAUUGACUGCAUUUGUCCAAUUUCAGUGAAUGCAAUCACUCUAUUCUUUCAAGAAUUGUUACACAUUUCAGUCUCUUAACAGCUUUGAGUUAUGUCAGUGUUUUGGCUUCACUCAUAUCACUCGGUUUGACAGACUUUUGUAUGGAUGUCUUAUUAUUCUGUUGCACCGGCUGAAUAAAAGAAACAGCUUUUUAUAAAUGA